CGUAGUUGCAUUCUGGGCGGCGCGCGCGGCCGAGAAUUAGACUCUGAAACGAGUUCUCCGACGUCCGACAGGAGCUGCUGAAUAUUUGGAGCAAAGUUUUGAAUCUUCAGAGUCAUAGAGAGGCUCUGGACUCUAGCAUAAUCGCAAAUAGGAGAAUUUGAUACAUGAUGUCGGAGAACAUUUUAGAAUGGCGUCGCAGAUGGACCCCUGAUCUAAUGGCAGCUCCAUGGCUACCAUUCACCAUUGAGGGCAGCAGUCUUCUCGUUAAGAGCUUGUUCACCCAGACAUCAUUCACGGUCCUGGUGUAUGACUAUACAACUAUGUGGAUCGAAUUGGGUGAUAAAAAGGCUGUCCUCGAAACUGCAAAGGUAUGUAAUCCUAGUGUGGAGGCUCCUCUGGGUGAACUCUUGCAGCAUCUCAAUGAUCUCCUUCAAGGAGUUCAGCAAUCAGCAAAGUAUUCCUUGAAGUACAAGGAAGAUGAUGGAAUGAGGGAACAUUUGAAGAUCCAUCUGACGUCUAAGUUACCCCAAGGAGUGCCUUUUAAAUGGACGCUUUCUCUCUCAAAGGCUACUGAUGAAAUGGCUGCUUCACAUCUCACCAAUCCACUUCUCAUAUUGGUUUCAGAGCUGAUGAGAAGAGAGAAAGAGUUGUACAGACUCAUGAAGAAAAAGGAUGAUGAGAUUGAAGACUACCAGAUGGCAGGAGCAAAGGUCUCAAGAAAGAGCAAGCUAACACCAGUAUUUGAUGGGACAUCGUUUAACCAGGAUAUGAUCAAUUCAAAGGCAUUUAGGACCGAGAAUGAAAGCAGUGGUGAGAGAGCAUUCAGUGGUCAAGGGCAAGGACUCUACAAAGAAGUGAUGGUCACUAGAGCAUGGUUGAAACGACCUUCAGACACAGACGAAGUUAGUGACAACGAUGACAUGCCUCAUGAUGCUGACCCUUCCAUAGGAGAUGCUGGUCCAACGCGGACAACCCGUCUACCAGGUUCUUUGGUUGGUGAUGUAUUCUCAGAUACCUUGUCACCUGUUAAGUCAUCUCCUUCAAAGUCUCCUAUGAAGCAAUCUCCUGGACCAUCUGCACAGGACAAUGAACUGAAUAGGAGAGAGGCAUUGGAGAAGAGACUGGCAGAGGAAAAAGCGAAAUUACAGACAAAGAAAAAGAAGAAGAAGCUUUUUUAAUCAUGAUAACUUUUCAAGAAAUAUUAGCUUCCCAUGCUUGUAUGUAGAUAUUUAGCGGGACAUAACCCAAUAUUGGAAGGUUUGCCUGAAACAAUCGCUCAAGUACUGUUUCAUGGUCAUUGUAUGAGUUAGCGACUCCACCUUCUAUAAUCAUCACUAUUUUGAAGAAACGUGUCUUUCAAUCAUCUAUUUUGAAGAAACAUGUCCUUCAAUCAUUUCUGAUACUGUCUCUAGCAGUCCAAAUCUCUGGAUGUAUACACGUGCAUGUAUUUCAUGGUUUCAUUGUACAUGUAUGCAUAUUGAAGAUUAUCUAGCAGAAUUCUGAGAAAUAUUAUAUAAAUCAUAGGAAAAUUGCAGGAAAUAACUAUCACAGAUUACAAUUACACCUGAAAUAGUUCUUUGAUCUGAAAAACUCUUGAACACUUAACAGGAAGACAUUGCAUCUCAGCCAAGCAUUCAAAAUCCCUGAGUAUGAUUCUAAAAUUGAAGUUUGGCAAAAAAAUUGAACUCAAAUACUACAACAUAAAUUAUUUAUAUAUAUCAGGUAUAUUUACAGAAAAGAAGUGAUACCGACUCUAAGAGCAUCUUUGACAAAAAUACUUGUUCAAUAUUUGUUGUCCUGUCAAGUACUAUUAACAUUUGACUUGUGUUUAAUAUGGAAAUGUUUUUGCUCACAGAGUAUAAUAAUAUUGUCUGCCAUGGGUUGUUUAUCCAAAUGAACAUGUAUGACAUGUGAUUUGAGUUUCGGCAGCACUUCAUAGAAGACAUAUUUCAAAUCUUUAAAACAUUGUUAGAAUAGAAUGUGCCUGCAGAGGAGUAAAUGGAUAUAGAUCAUAUCAGAUAAAAAAUACUUUACACCAGGAAACAAGUCGUACCAUUAUGUGUUCAGCUUUUGAUAGAAAUGCUUGCCAGUAGGGAUAGAAAUAAUACAUGAAAUAGAAUAAACAUGUGCAUAUAUUUUUUGUAAUCGAUUUAUAAUGCGGCUAAAAAUGUUGUCCUUUUCAUAUAAAAAUGUAUUUGAACUGUCUUCACUUUUCAGAAAGAGAAAAAUAAUUCCUUGAAUGGUAGAAUUUUCAAUCAUGAAAAAGAUUUCAGUUGAUCAAAACAUGUUAUGUGAGCCGUUUCAAGUUGAAUGUUUUUUACAAAAAAAAUUGUGAAAUGGUGAUCAAUGAAUUAAAAUGUACAUUUUCCAAA